UUGUUCUUAUUACCCAAAUUGUAUCACUCAUUAUGGAAUGCUCAGGGCCGUAUGGCUUGGCAGCUGUGGCAGGGGAAGAAGAUGAUGAGAGUGAUUCAUCGGUUCUAAAAAUCUCUGAGCGAGGCAGGGGCCAUGUUGUUGGUUUAGUGACAAAACAUUUGGUGUGGGAUAUCAGCAACGUGGUGGUCGAUCUCAUCCUUCCUCCCAGUUACAGGCUUACAGCACAUGGAGGACUGACCUAACAUUAGCUUCUGCAUUUUCUACCUUUUCCAUUCCAUUUUGUAAUAUUCGUUUGAUGGCCAUAAAAAAGAAGGAUAAAGAUAGGUGCACCCA